AAGGUUUCAGUCAGGCUCUAGCGGCCCAGUCGAACGGACGUGUCACAAACCGUCUACCGCUUUGAAUGUUACCAAAAAUAUUGUGAUAAAUUCCAUACGGUCGUGUCUUCUUGCCAACUCUUAGGUCGUAGCGGAAGGUUGGAGCUAAAAUAAGCUGCAUCGAUCCGUCUGCGAAAUGUCACCGUGCGGAGUGGCAGCGUGCCUGGUGACGCUGGUGGCGGUGAGCUUCGCGCCGUCUCCCGCGCUCUCCCUGGACCUCAACAAGCUGUAUGGACACCACACUAAGCGCUCCGAAUAUUGUCACCCAUACGAGCCGUUCAAGUGUCCAGUAGACGGGAACUGCAUCUCCAUCCAGUACUUGUGCGAUGGUGCACCUGACUGCAUCGACGGGUACGACGAGGAUUCCAAGCUUUGCACUGCAGCGAAACGACCGCCAGUGGAAGAAACAGCAUCGUUCCUACAGUCACUGAUCGCGUCGCACGGACCCAACUACCUGGAGAAGCUUUUCGGGAGCAAGGCUAGAGACGCGCUCGAACCUUUGGGGGGCGUGGAGAAGGUCGCCAUUGCUCUGUCUGAAUCCCAAACGAUCGAGGACUUUGGCGCCGCACUGCACCUGAUGAGGUCAGACCUCGAACACCUUCGCUCAGUCUUCAUGGCGGUGGAAAACGGUGACCUCGGCAUGCUCAAAUCCCUCGGCAUCAAGGACAACGAGCUUGGAGACGUGAAGUUUUUCCUGGAGAAGCUGGUCAACACUGGCUUCCUUGACUGAAUAGCGCCGGAGUCCGCCUCAGACUAUUAUCACGUCGUCCAAUACGGUCCCAUCAGCUCCUCAUUCUACAGCUACCUUCCCUACGAAUCCUUCAAGUACAAGAGGAACUGAUGUUCUUCUAUCCUUCUAAGUGAGAAAGAUGCGUGAUUGAAGUUUGUAAUCCAAGAGGCAACCGUCUGUUAUAUGGAUUGUUUUCUACAACCGGCCACGUGGAAGCGAUUCUAAUUGGACGGUUGCUUCUUUUUUGUUGAUAGUCGAUUUAUUAAAUCAACACUCGGUUACGUGUGAAAUUCUGACAAAUUAAUUAACUUGGAAAUUUUGAUGCAUUAAUAAGAUGUCAAUCAGUGUCUAAAUAAUUUUAUUGGCUACUUAAAUCUUUUUAAAAUCGAGAAACUCUGAUUAUAACCACACCCAAAAAUGUAUUUUAAAAGUACAGAACAGAAUUUUGCGCCUAAGCAAUUGCGACUAAUCGAUUUGUCUGAUCCAAUUAGAUAAGUGCAAGGGAUUUAUUUUCAUACUUGUAGCACUUAGAUUAAGCAUUUUUUAUUGAUUGUAGACUAUCCGUUUCAGUUUUCAAAACUGUAUUUAAUAUUAUGAACAGGAGGUACUCGCGUCCAAUCAUCAUGUGCGCGUUUAAAUGUCGUGUUUUAGGUAAUUUAAUUUUUGUAAGACAAAAUUUGCCAUUUUUAAAUAUAUUAAUUUUAAAAAGCUAAUUAUAGUAUUACCUAUGAAAAAAAAAUUACAAACGAAUUGUCAUAAAACAAUCUAGAAUAUAAAGUUCGACUUAAUAAAUAAUUUAUUUGAGUUAUUAAAUAAUUUGACAUUAACGCGCGCACAACCAUGAUCAUGUUCAUAAUUUUACAAUGUAUUUUUUUUUUUGAUGCGAUUGUGUGAAUGUCUGUCGCCCUUUCUUUAUACCUUUCGAGAAAAUUCUCAUCUAAAAAUGUCAGAGGCGACUCCAAUGAAACGUAAAUGUCCAUGGUAAGCAAGAUAUAAAGCUAAUUUUCAUUGUCGUUUAAUCAUUACUUAAUUAGUUAGUUAGGUAACUAAGACUGAGGGCUUAUGGACUUGGUUAAAGUGUUAUGUACCAGUCUAAAAUUUACAUUGAUGUUUUAUUAUUUUUUUUACAACAUUGUAUUUUCAAAAAUUUUAAUUAUUGUGAAAUACUUAUAUAUGUAGAUGUUUUAUUAUAUUUUAUACAACAUUGUAUUCUCAACAAUUUGAAUUAUUGUGAAAUACUUAUAUAUAUAGUUACUAUUGUAUAUGUUUAUAGCGAACAAUUAAAUAAUAUAUUUUGGCAAGGAAAUUUUUUACCAGGCAGUAGACGUAGAAGGAUUUUUUGUGUAUAAGUUUAUAGAUGUAAAAUUUGUACAGAUAUGAAACACUUUGAACAAAUCGGUCACUCGCUCUUAGACCAUAAAGAAUGCAUGCGCUUUGUAUCUUGGCUUUUGGAUUCGAUUCCAAAGUAGGACCACGAAUACAUAUCAUUAACUUAGUUGUAUUUAGUAUAUAAUAUAAUACAAUAGUUUUAUUAUAACCCGUAGCGGAUAAAGUACAAUUAUUUUAAUAUGAUCGGUAUUGUAGUGUUUAUGAAACAAUUUUUAGAUCCCUUUAGUAGAUAUUUAGUAGAGUUUAACACAAAUACAUAUCAAGCAUCGAAGGUGCUUCAUUGAACGCAUACAUAUCAAAAUUAUGUGAUUAAAUAAAUGUUAGAAUAAGAUACUUAUAUUUACAAUUAUUCUACUAAUCUAAUGAGUAGAAUCACUCUUAUAAAUAUUUUUAGCGAAUUCCCUUCUGUCAAAGAUAGUAGCGUACCUACCGACCGAUAAAAAAUCGCCAAGGUUCUUUCCGUUACAUUAAAUGAAGGUAUUCAGAAAAAAAUACUUUGAUUUUUUAUUUUGUAGGUUGUGUAUGUCCUUACAGGUACAAUACUAUUGAAUCUACAUAAAGGGAAUUCGUUCUUUCAAAUAAUUAAAGAUACCUAGUUUAAAAAUAUAUCGUAGUGAAAAUAUCUAUUCGGUAUGUAAAAUAUGAACCUAUCUCAACUGUAUCUACCACCUGCAAUUAUUUACCUCUUACAAAUAUAAAUCAGAAUGAAUAUCUUUUAUAUUGUCGAUGUUAUAGGUAAAAAAUAUCUAUCAAUUAAUUUUAUAGUACGAUUAUUAAUUCCAGUAAGUAAAAUGACAAGUGCAUCUGCCACUGAAAUGUCAUUUUAUUGACUGGAAUUAAUAAUCGUACAUACGAUUAAUCUUACUUAAGAUUAUUAAUUCCAGUCAGUAAAAUGACAUUUCAGUGUCAGUUGCACUUGUCACUUGUCAUUUUACUGACUAUAAUUUAUAAUCCUACUCUAAGUCACUAUUUUGUUAUUAAAUUAAACUUUUUAGAAAACAAAAGCUUCACGGUGCGAUGAUGAUUGCAAAACGCAUAACGCAUAACCGUCGAUCUACACGAUGCGUUGCGACACCGAAUAGGCGGCUUUUGCAAAACCAAAAUGAUAUUUGUCCAUUAUUAUUAUUAUUACAUUAUUAUACAUUAUUUAAGUCGUCCAAACGACGUCCAAAGACGCUAUACGAAACGAUCCUGCGAUAUGCUUAUUAGUUCUGCAAUUUCGCCGAGGAGUUCCGUCUCAAUAUGUUCUUCCGGAACCAUAGGUUCUCAACGUUGGCGAUAACCCCGUUGUGGACAUUUCAUAUUAUCGGGGGUGGGGGGGGGGGGCAGUAGAGGACGUACAUAAACAAGCUGCAGAGGCUUUAAGAUGGUACAAAAAUGGAAAUACUUAGACAGCUCAAAAUAAUAGUCU